UAACAUGGUACGGAAGCCGUCCAAGGAGCCGGUGUCGUCGUCGUCGAUGCCGCCUGGCGACUUGCAACCGAUAAAUACCAUUUUGUUUGACCCUCAAAAGGGCGAAGUGGAUGUCGCGUCUGGCCAUCGUCGAUGGGUUCACGACGCCAUUGAGAAGCGGCUAAAGAAAGCAAUGGUCACGGGAUGCAUUGACCUGAGCGGCCCGGCGCGAUCGAGUCUACAGGAUGGCAAUCGCACGUUUCAAUUGCACUUGCUUCCAAGCGAGCUGUAUGCGUCCGUGUCACGCUUGACGUGGGCCAAGCAGCACCUAAAAAAACUGUUUCUCACCAACAAUUGCCUGGCACUGCUGUCGCCUGAAAUCAUGCACUUUCGCCACCUUACAGUGCUUGGCGUGGGCGGGAACGCCCUUGCCUCGUUGCCUACAGACCUUGGUUCUCUUGUGAACUUGGAGCAGCUCCAUGCCGAGAAGAAUCAGCUGUCCACACUGCCCGACUCGCUCCACCAAUGCACCAAACUCACCCACUUGUCCCUGAGUGCCAACGCUUUCUCGACAUUUCCCGUAGCCGUGACGAAGUGUCCAUCCUUGAUGCACCUAAGUCUGAGCCACAAUCGCAUCACGUCCGUGCCCGUUCAAAUCCGGCAUCUCACGAAACUCGUUGAGUUGGACCUAGACCACAAUCGCAUUGGGCCAUCGCUCCCGACCGAAGUCGGGUACCUCUGCCGACUCGAGCGCCUCGGCCUGGCUGGAAACUGCCUCGACAGCAUGCCCGCAUGUUUAAGCCAUCUGAAGCUCUCGUGUUUUCGCUUUAGCGGCAACCGAGCUCCGGGGUACAUCGUGCAUGACCCCCUCACGGGAGACGUUGUCGAAGGUCAAAGCACACCGGUGCGGUUUGACGGAUAUAUGCAACUUCGCCAUGCGUUCACCGUACUCUGUGAUGCCACCCAAGCCGUGUCGCGCCAGGUUGAGGACCUCGAAGGGCUCACGCCAACGGUGCUAUUGAAUUUGGAGAAUGCUUCCCACGACAGAGACAAAGACAACAUUGGCCGGCAGAUCCUCCGUGGCCGUCAGCAACAGCAGUACUACGUCACGUGAGCACAUAGGGUUCUACACACACACCAACAUGACCACCCAUGAUUAUGUCAACGUAAUGGAUACGAUAAUACAUGUCCAACACCACCUCAACAACUACAGAUUGCCACACGGGAGAUCAAGAAGUACAUAUGUAGUCGCUUCGUAC